AUGCCUCGUCGAGCUGCCGGUCCUUCUCUCACCAACGAUCCUUCUAACGCUCCCUUCUCUUCCUCCGUUUCUGUCAAGGGCGGCAUUGCCAUCAAGGCGCCCUCCGUGAAACCUAGUCGCCUAAGCCAACUCUUCUCUACCUCUCCGAAGUCAAGGGCUGAGCCUCAGACUGUGCAGGGUACUGUUCAGUCGCUUAGUGGAAGCUCCCAUUCUAGUACGGUCGCACCGCCGAUCAGCUCUGCUUCUCUGUCGCUUCCUACAAUCUCUCUCUCAACGGCAACCGCGGGUAACCCCAACAUGGAUGAGCCCCCGACCACGUUAUUCCAGCCCCCUUCGCCUGAAGAGGCUCGUCGGCUGGCCAAGCAACAUGCUCAGUUCGGCCCAAUCGGUCACCACAGUCACCGCUAUUCCAGCCGACAUCCUGGCGGGCCUUUUCCGGAGCCUAUAAUGGACGAGCCGCCCUAUUAUUAUCUGCUCACGACUUAUAUCAGUUACCUUAUCCUCAUUGCUUUUGGACAUGUGCGCGAUUUCUUCGGAAAGCGGUUCCGCGAAGAGAACUACCGUCACCUGAAGCCCCGGAAUGGCUAUGGGGCGCUCAACAGCGAUUUUGACAACUUCUACGUGCGCCGCCUCAAGCUCCGCAUCAACGAUUGUUUCGAAAGGCCAGUGACUGGCGUGCCUGGCCGAUACAUCACCCUGAUCGAUCGGGCCACGGACGACCACAAUCGACACUUUUAUUUGACCGGCACGACAACUGAUACACUGAACCUGAGUUCAUACAACUACCUUGGAUUCGCUCAGUCUGAAGGCCCAUGUGCUGAUAUCGCCGAGGCGACGCUCCGGAAGUAUGGAAUCACCUCACCAAGCACCCGUGCUGAAACCGGCACGCAAGAUCUGCAUGUCGAGGUUGAAGACUUGGUCGCCAAAUUUGUCGGUAAAGAAGCCUCAAUGGUCUUCUCCAUGGGAUUCGGAACCAAUGCGAACAUUUUCCCGGCUCUCGUCAACAAAGGCUGCUUGAUCAUCUCGGAUGAGCUGAACCACGCAUCCAUCCGAUUCGGUGCCCGUCUUUCCGGUGCCUCCAUUGCUAUGUUCAGACACAAUGACAUGCGCGAUCUCGAGGCGAAGCUACGUGAGGCCAUUAGUCAGGGACAACCACGCACUCACCGCCCAUGGAAGAAGAUCCUAGUUGUGGUGGAGGGACUCUACUCUAUGGAGGGAUCAAUGUGCAACCUUCCUGGCUUGAUCGAGUUAAAGAGACGCUACAAGUACAACCUGUUUAUUGAUGAAGCGCACUCGAUCGGUGCGGUUGGACCCCGAGGCCGUGGUGUUUGUGAUUAUUUCGGUAUCGAUACCAACGAGGUGGAUGUUCUUAUGGGCACGCUCACCAAGUCUUUCGGUGCCAACGGCGGUUACAUUGCAGCAGAUAAGGCCAUGAUUGAUAAACUGCGAGCCACGAACUCCGGCGUGUUCUAUGGAGAAGCACCUGCUCCAGCAGUCUUGGCUCAAAUUAUGUCGGCACUGCGACUGAUUCAGGGCGAGCUUGUCCCCGGUCAGGGUGAAGAGCGACUACAGCGCUUGGCCUUUAACUCCCGGUAUCUGCGCCUGGGAUUGAAGCGUCUUGGCUUUAUAGUGUAUGGUCACGACGACUCGCCGAUUAUCCCUGUUCUCCUCUUUAAUCCUGCCAAGAUGCCUGCCUUCUCUCACGAGAUGCUGAAGCGGAAGAUCUCCGUUGUUGUUGUGGGCUAUCCUGCCACCCCCUUGGUCUCGUCUCGUGCCCGUUUCUGUGUGUCGGCCGCCCACACUAAGGAAGACCUCGAUCGUAUCUUGACCGCCUGUGACGAGAUCGGCAACGUGUUGCAACUCAAGUUCUCCACGGGAAUUGCAGGUGGUGCUCUACCGGCGAAUGAGGAAAUGACGCCCCCUCCAGAGAUGGAGAAGGCAUGGCAUCGCAAGCGGACUCCUAAGGUUGUGCCUCCCAGAUGGCCGAUUGAGGAUGUUAUCAGACGGGGUGUACAAGAUGUCAAAUCGCCUCUGUUUUAG